AGCCAAUUAUGUCCAGAGUGUACAUACGUGACUGACGAAUAUGUUCAUUAUUAUUGCACUGAUGCUAAUACUCGCCAGAAGCAGUACCAUCACAGCAAACUGAGGAGAAGAAUUGAAGUUCCACAUUGUGUUCAUUAUUGCAGAAAAAUAGAGUAUCAACUAAAUAAUAACACUUUUAGUUUCGAAACCAAGAAUAAAAUUAGUAGAAUCUGUUAUUUACUAUGCCACAUUUCAUACCGGGCCGUCAACAGGCUUCAAAUUUCUGUUCAAGAAGAAAGGCAAUUGUCUUUGUUAUUGGGGUGCUAUUCACAGGCGCACGUGGUUUAAAUAUUACGGAUUGCAUGGAAUCUACGGAGGGACAACUCUGUUAUCACUGCGACAGUUCGCAAGAUUCUCAUUGUGGGAACCCAUUUCAAUAUUCUCAUUAUUAUGGGUCAGCAAACGUAUAUUUGACUCAAUGCGAAGGUUGCUGCAUAAAAAUUGUGCAUCCAUCAGGAAAUGGAACGAGGAGGAGGAUCCAGCGCUCUUGCACCGAUUUGCUCCCCGAAGUCAACUUCAUGCUGACGGAAAACUGUGACGCUUCUAAUCGCGAGCGACAGAUUUGCAUCUGCAAGCGUGGGCUGUGCAACGAUGGGGGCGCCGUAAGGCCCUGGUGGUCACAACAAGUGUCCUUCUACAUCACCUGGUUUGUGUUGUAUCUGGCAAUUAGUCUGUAAUGCAUAAUUUCCCAUGUCCAACUGAUGUUUUAAUAAUGUUUAUGUACAAUAAUCUAAAAAUUGCUUCUCCAUGUCGUGGUUGGUUAUAGGAACAUACUAUUUUCUUCAAAUACAAAAAAAAACGUUGAAAGAACAUAGAGUCUAAAUAAAAGUUAUUAAUAUUUUCUCCUAAAA